ACGGCAGUCACAACAAAAAGGCCGCAGCCACAUCUGAACGCAGAGUGCAGAGAGGUCCGAGUUGUAAAGGCGGAAAAGUCGCCCGUUUUCUCUGCACAGCGUCCAUUCCGCGGGACAUGAUGACUUCGACACCGCCCGGCAAGCUGGUUGACAUCCUCGGAGCUGGUGUUUCAGAAUCGUGGGUGCAGCUGGACGAAAUGAGCAGCUCGAGCAUGGUGCCGCAACAGCUGCCGGCCAUCGGCGAACGCGGAACGCCGACGCCCCUGAUGGCGCCCUCGCCCCUUUGUGCCGACGCCGAGUACCUGCGUCUGCUGCGCGAGGCGCAGCGCGAGAGUAACCAGAGCUCGGCCAGGGUGUCCAUCGCAUCGUCGAGAAAAGGAUCUCCUAGGGGAAGCCCCAAGUCGCCGCCCAACAGCCCCAACAACGAGCUCUCCAGCGACGAGGACCAGCUUCACAGCAGAUACUACAUUAACCAGGAACUAGAGGAGGCAAAGAGCACAGAUUGGGUUUGGGACUGGAGCAGCAGACCAGACCAAGUACCCCCCAAGGAAUGGAAAUUCAAACAUCCGUCGCCUCCCCUGGGACGCCGUUCAUACAGCAUUAGACACGCAAAAGUGGGAAAAACCUCACUGUUCUCGAGGGAAGUGCUGUACACUUUGGUUCUGACUAACGUCAUCUCAUUCCUCCUGGGCACAGGCAUUGGUGUCUGGAUUUGCAAAAGAGCUCCUGCCAUCGAGGGAGGAUUGACGAUUUUGCCACUGUCGGUUGAUUAGUUUACCAAUCGCCGCACACUUUGACCUCGUUCAAAGAGCUCUCAUCCUUCUGUGACCUCGGACAUCUCUGGCGAAAAGGGAUCCUCCAACUAGUACUGUAAACUGCUAUAUACUACAACCGUAUAUAAUUCGCUAAUUAGGGUUUGUAUUAAUUUAUUGAAUUUAUUGCCGCAAUCACUUAGAAAGAAAGAGAGAGAAAUCAAACUGCUCGAUUAUUUUUUCACUGAAUUAGUCGAGGAAAAUUCUUAGUAAUUUUUGCUAUUUUGAUACAACUCUAGCGUGCAGUCGCUUUUGUAUUACAAUUUCCUAACCCUCGGUCCUUUCCCCCAACGCUUUAUAUUUACAUUUAUCAAAUCUUUACUAUAAAAUGAGUAGUUGUGCCUCAUCAAUUGGCAAAUCAGUUUUAUAGAUGUAAGUGUUGACCCCUCUCUCCUAGCCGUAAUUUCUAUUCGCGCGUGACAAAAUACUCAUUUGUCAAAUUUUGGUAAAAUUGUGAUCCGAAAUCCGAAAUGUACAAGUCGAUCAGUUCAACGCAAUUCUGUUGUCAAGGGAUGAGACAAAAGAAGCAGCCGAAUUUUUACAGACUGACCCUUUUUUCAAAUAUUUACUUAAACUACCACAUUUGUCGAGAAAUGAAGCAAAUUUUUAUCAGCAAAUUCCCCAUUUACCAUUUGAUCAAAACUUACAACGCGAUUGACCUAUAUCAAAUGUAACUCCUCAACUUUGCUAACUUUUCAUCAUGAAAAUUAGGUGUUAGGACAGAAAGAUCAAUGUCGAAUUGUAGCAACUAAGAACAUUCCAAUUGCGGUUUUAUAUAAUCGACUCUGCUUUUUACGCGGCUUUGCUUUGUAGCGCUCUAAACUUGGAAGCCGAAAAUGCUAUUAAGUAAUGGGGAUUUGUAUUGUUUUUAGUUUUGAGAGAUCACAACAACCCGAUUCUUCUAAGUUUAAACCGCAACUUUUCUGUAAGAAUUAUCGGUAGUGAUUAACAACUCUUAGUCACCCUUUAGGUUUAAUGUCAAGUGCACACACUUUUUGACUUAAUUCUUAGAUUUUUAUAUUUAUGUUUUGCUGACACUAUCAUCCACGAUGUCUUAUCACUGUUUAAGCUUGAACAUAAUGUUAACAAUAUUUGAUGAAUAAUGCAGUAAUAAAAAAGUACAAAAUGCAAA